UUCGUUAUGUUCCAAAAUAUCCUGUUGUUACGCUCAUUCCACAGCAGAUGUACCGUCACUUGUAGGAUCAGUUUCGAGAGAAUUUCCCUGUUUUUGCCCCUGUCAUUUUCGACCUGAGUAAUCCAAGUAUGACAGUCGUAUAGAUUAUCCGGCGGCGAACUCCAACAGCAAGAAGCAAAAUAGAGCCAUAGAUUGGCACUAUAAGAGCACUCGAAGAAAAGGUGGUGGUGGGAUUCCUCCUCUACUCCACAUAACACGCACUUGUCAUCCGUUUGUAGACCCCAUCGACGCAAUCGAUCCCUAGUAGGGAGUCGCUGCUGCAUGGUCUGCCAAAAUAAGAAUGCAUACCUGGGUACAGACCCACGACACCAUACCAAUGAAUGCCAGUCAACCUUCGGUUUUGAUUGACGAAUCUGCUUCCAUGUUUUGGCAGACGAGAAGAAGCGUUUGAAGUCGUGAGCUUCAUGUUUCCACAACAAAGUGUCGUCCCCAGCUUCUGCCGAUGGGGGUCGGACUUCCGCCAGCGAGAUAAGAAGCUCCUGUAUGCUGUCCGAUCUAGCCGGGGGAAGUGACCAAUUUCCAGCAGACACAACAUCGGCAACCGUCGCAUAUCUGUUCAACCUCAAGAGACGGGGCCCAAGUUCCCCGACAAACUCAAUCAAGGGACGGUCCAGUUAUCAAACCAGAAAAGGGUAGAUUUGCCAUCUCCAAUUUUCACUUUGAUAAAAUUGUGAGCCAAGGAUUUUAUCGCCAUAAGUUUCCUGAGAUUCCAGGAUGAAGACACUGUCUCGCUUGUGGAACAAUCUUUCGAUGAUGAGAGAAGAAACUCGUGCUCAAUUCUGAAUAAAAAAGGGUAAAAUCCUCGAAAUUUCCACAUGAAAUACUGAACGAAAUUGACAAAAUAUAAAAUAAAUGAAAAAAAAGAGUAAAGAUCGUGUGUAUUGGAAAGCAAGAAAUGGCGGCGGAAAAACCAGGGAAGCCGCGUUGAUUGUUCUUAUGGUUAAAGUUCACCAUAUCUGAUUGAAACACCGACCAAACUACUUACCUUUGUCUAUUAAUGCCCUUGUUCUGAUCCAUUAACUCCCUUCGACCAAGUUCUGUCCUCUCUCUCUCUCUCUCUCUCUCUCUCUCUGUGUCUCUCUCUCUCUUCAAAUGCCGGCUUCGGGUUGGUGAAGAGUUUGACAAUUUUCAACCUCUAUCGAUCCUGGUUUUCGUUCCUUGAUCUAUUAGAUAUGAAGAAUAUUGGGUCGGGCAAAAUUCUUCUACUUUGCUGUUUCUUUGUCUCUAUCUGCAUAGAUUCCGUUUCCUGUCUGAACCCAGAAGGGUCCGCUUUACUCUCGCUUCUGAAGCACUUAGAUAAGGUACCACCUUCUGUAACUUCGACAUGGAGGAAGAACGCAUCUGAAUCCACUCCAUGUAAAUGGUUUGGUAUCAUUUGUGAUGAAUCUCGCAGUGUGAUUUCUCUUAACUUCACUACUUGUGGGGUUUCUGGCCAACUGGGUCCUGAAAUUGGUGAGCUCAAGAACUUGCAGGUUCUGGAUCUCAGUACGAACAGUUUCUAUGGCAUUAUACCUUCCACUUUAGGAAACUGUUCUUCACUUGAGUACAUCGAUUUGUCUGGAAAUGGGUUCUCUGGUAAGAUUCCUGAGAGUUUCGGUAACUUGAGAAGCUUGGUGUUCCUCUAUCUUUCCUCAAACUCACUCUCCGGUGAGUUGCCUGAAUCCUUGUUUCGAAAUCCGGUGUUGCAGUAUCUGUAUGUCGAAGAAAACAAUCUCACUGGUCCGAUUCCUGCAAAUGUGGGAGACUUGAAGGAGGUUUUGGAACUGUAUUUUUAUAGCAAUAACCUUUCUGGUAUGAUUCCCGAGUCGAUUGGGAAGUGUAGAAAGCUGCAGACUCUGUAUCUGAACGACAACCAGUUAGUUGGUUCUUUGCCUGAAAGUCUCAAUCUUCUUGAGGAUCUCAUCGACCUGUUUGUAAGUAACAACAGUCUCGGAGGACAGAUUCGGUUUGGUUCUAGGAAUUGCAAGAACUUGGUGACAUUAGAUUUGUCGAACAAUCACUUCCAAGGCGGUAUUCCACCAGAGCUAGGCAAUUGCAGUAGCCUCAACACUUUAUCCAUUGUGAAAAGCAACUUGACAGGUUCAAUCCCUUCUUCAUUGGGUAUGAUACAGAAUCUUUCGGUUCUUGAUCUUUCCGAGAAUCGUCUCUCAGGGAAUAUUCCUUCUGAGCUCGGAAACUGCAGGAACUUGAAGAAGUUGAAGUUGAACGGCAACCAAAUCGAAGGUGAGAUACCGAGCACGUUGGCUAAGCUUACGAAACUUGAAGGCCUGGAAUUGUUCGAAAACCGGUUGUCUGGUGAGAUUCCUUUGGGUAUAUGGAAGAUUCAGAGCCUUAAAAGGGUCCAAGUUUAUACCAACAAUCUCACCGGGGAACUGCCUGUGGAAAUGACCGAGCUGAAGAAUCUAAAGAGCAUUACAUUGUUCAACAACAGCUUCUACGGAGUGAUACCUUCGGGUUUAGGAGUUAACAGUUCCUUAGAGGAGGUAGAUUUGCUUGGUAACAAUCUUACAGGAGAGAUUCCUCCAAAUCUCUGCCAUGGAAAGAGAUUGAGGGUUCUAAACUUGGGUCCUAAUCAACUUCACGGUAAGAUACCGUCUUCCAUCGGUUCAUGUAGAACCCUGUGGAGAUUGAUACUCAAAGACAACAACCUUUCAGGCACUCUUCCACAUCUUUCUCCGAAUAAUAUCCUUUUUCUCGUCGAUAUCAGCAAAAACAGCAUUGAAGGAUCGAUUCCACCGAGCUUGGGGAACUGUAGCAACCUCACAACUAUCAACUUGUCUCAAAACAAGCUCAAGGGUCAGAUACCUCCAGAACUCGGCAAUCUGAAGAACCUCGUGGAAUUGAAUCUUUCACACAACCUUCUAGAAGGGUCUCUACCAUCUGAGCUAUCACGAUGUGCAAGCAUUCAGCUUUUCGACGUGGGUUUCAACUCGUUGAAUAGCUCGAUUCCAUCGAGUUUUAGGAGCUGGAGAAGCUUAUCCACUCUUGUUCUCAGUGGAAACUGGUUUUCAGGCGGCAUUCCAUCUUUCUUGGAAGAACUUGGAUCAUUGUCUGACCUGCGUAUCGCUGAUAACCCCUUUGGAGGCGAGAUUCCUACGUGGAUUGGUUCAUUGCGGAGUUUGAUGUAUGGAUUGGAUCUUAGUGGAAACCGACUAACAGGUCGAAUCCCAUUUGAGCUGGGGAAUCUGGACAAGCUUGUACGGCUCAAUGUAUCGAACAACAACUUGACGGGUUCUUUGUCAGUUCUUGAAGGUCUCGAUUCACUAGACCUAGUCGAUAUCUCGUAUAAUCAGUUCACGGGUCCGAUACCUGAAAACUUGAUGAAAAAGUUGAUCUCAGAUCCAUCAUUGUUCUCAGGAAAUCCUGACCUCUGCAUCCCGUCUUCUUCCUCCAUUGUUUUGACGAACGGAACCAACAGCAAGCUUAGAGCUUGUAAUGAUCAAGUUGGCAGCAGCAAUGGUGGCCUUAGCAAAUGGCAAAUCGCCCUUAUAGCAGCCGGGUCAUCUUUAAUCGUUGUCAUCUCGGUUCUUGCUUUUGUUUUCAUAUUCCUCCGACGGAAAAGAACGAAGAAAGAUGAGUAUGUCUUCGGAGAAGACGGUCCACCAUUGUUGCUGACAAAAGUUCUUGCAGCAAGAAGAGGAGCACAUGGAACUGUUUACAGAGCCACUUUGAGUUCAGACAAAGAGUAUGCAGUGAAAAAACUCGUCUUCUCGCAACAUAAACAUGCAAACCAGAGUAUGAUCCGGGAAAUCCAGACCAUCGGAGAAGUCAGACACAGAAACCUCGUUCGGCUAGAAGCGUUUUGGUUAAGGAAAGAACACGGUCUAAUGCUGUACAGGUUCAUGCCAAACGGUAGCCUUCACGAUAUCUUACACAUGGGAAAGCCAGAACAUAUUGAUCUAGAAUGGUCCAUACGGUUCAACAUAGCUCUCGGGGUGGCUCAUGGAUUAGCGUAUCUACAUCAUGACUGCCAUCCCACCAUUGUUCACCGAGACAUCAAACCAGAAAACAUACUUCUUGACUCGGAUAUGGAGCCUCACAUCGGGCAUUUUGGCUUGGCUCGCGCCGCCCCCUCUGUUCCCCCAGCCACUGUUACUGGUACCAUCGGAUACAUUGCACCAGAAAACGCCUUCAAGACAGUGAGGAGCAAGGAAUCAGACGUGUACAGUUACGGAGUAGUACUGCUCGAGUUGAUAACAAGAAAGAAAGCAUUGGACAGAUGGUUCCCCGAGGAUACUGAUAUCGUGAGCUGGGUUAGAUCCAUCUUGAGCAGAAGCAAAAAUAACGACCAAGACAUCACAGGAAUACUCGAUCCAAGCCUCGUGGACGAGCUUCUGGAUUCGGGUGUGAGAGAACAAGUGACGGAAGUGACGGCAUUGUCACUGAGGUGUACGGAGAAGGAGCCAUCAAACAGACCGUCGAUGAGGGAUGUCGUGAAACAGUUGUGCGUAUUGAAAGACCUUGCUUGAAGCAUGUCCUGUCCAAGUGAGAACCAAUCUCUUGAUGGAGCAGUGGAACAACAUACCCUUUACGGGCCCCAAUGCAAUAAACACAGCGGCUGCCUAGGAAUAGAAAACACACACACUUGUUCAGUAAGAAGCUCUAUAGAUUUGAUGAAUACAGUAGAAAUGUAACAUUAUAUAGCAAGAAGAACACCAAUUGAAGAAGCAGCCUAUAAAUCUUCCUUAAUUAGAGAGGAACUUGAAGGCAAAGUCAAUAAACAACGACUAUUUGCAUCU